AUGGAGGAGCCCACGGAGACCAGGCCAGCCGGUGCGGAGGAUCUCGCGAACGGCGCGCGAGAGCCGGAGGGGCCUCCGCCGGAGGUUGAGGAGGAGGAAGUGGAGGAGGAGCCGCCGCGAUCGGCGACGGCGAAACAGGAGGAGGCGAAGGCGGCGCUGGGGUCGGAGGGGUCCCGUCCGUUCACCAUGCGGGAGCUCCUCGGCGAGCUCAAGGAGGACGGCGAGACGGCGGCCGGCGGCAGCAGCGCGAGAUCUGCGUUCGGCUAUGGGAACGGGGUCGGAUCCGCUGAUGCCGAGGGCUCGUCCUACAGCCAAGAUAGCACACAACAGUCUUCAUUCCACCAUGAUGUAGCGAUGGACUUGAUAAAUAGUGUAACUGGAGUUGACGAGGAAGGACGUUCUCGCCAAAGGAUUCUUUCUUUUGCUGCCAAAAGGUAUGUAAAUGCAAUUGAAAGAAAUCCUGAUGACCCUGAUGCAUAUUAUAAUUGGGCUCUUGUCCUCCAGGAGAGUGCAGACAAUGUGGAUCCCAAUUCUAGUUCCUCUAAAGAUGCAUUGCUUGAGGAGGCUUGCAAAAAGUAUGCUGAAGCUACCCGACUUUGUCCAACUCUUUAUGAUGCAUAUUAUAACUGGGCUAUUGCUAUUGCUGAUCGAGCUAAAAUGCGAGGUCGGACAAAAGAAGCCGAAGAACUCUGGAAGCAGGCAAUACUGAAUUAUGAGAAGGCUGUCCAGCUUAAUUGGAAUAGCCCACAGGCUCUCAAUAACUGGGGUCUUGGGCUACAGGAGCUGAGUGCAAUUGUUCCUGCCCGGGAUAAACAGACCAUAAUAAAAACAGCUAUAAGCAAGUUCCGUGCUGCAAUUCAGCUGCAAUUUGAUUUCCAUCGGGCAAUAUACAACCUCGGAACUGUCUUGUAUGGUUUAGCUGAGGAUACCAUGAGGUCUGGGAAGCCAGAUGUCUCCCCUAAUGAGCUUUACAGUCAGUCUGCUAUCUAUGUUGCAGCUGCUCAUGCUCUGAAGCCAAAUUACUCGGUCUAUCGCAGUGCUUUGCGAUUAGUCCGCUCAAUGUUACCUCUGCCAUAUCUCAAAGUGGGGUAUUUGACUGCUCCUCCAGCUAACAAUGCCAUUGCACCACACAAAGAUUGGGAGAGAUCACAGUUCAUUUUGAAUCAUGAGGGACUCCAGCAGGCUGAUGCUUCUGACCAGCCUCCAUCACAAUCCCCUGGGCAUUUGGGCAGGGGCAGAAAACCUGUCAGAAUAAACGUUGCAGAUAUUGUUUCAGUGUCAGCAUGUGCUGAUUUAACUUUACCAAGUGGUGCUGGCCUCUGUAUAGAAACUAUUCAUGGUCCUACAUUCUUGGUUGCCGAUAGUUGGGAGGCUCUUGACGGUUGGCUAGAUGCCAUACGCCUUGUCUACACUAUUUUUGCAAGAGCAAAGAGCGAUGUACUUGCCGGUAUUAUUACUGGUUAA